AUGACAGCCUCACAGCGUAUAAUCAUCAUCAUCUCAUCAGCCGUCUUCCUUCUCCUCUUCAUCGCCAUAUCUCUCGCCACAACCAUCGAAGUCCGCGCGCCCGUCCAAAAACUCAUACAAGCCACCCUUGUACAAGCAGCGCGCGUCAGAGAACCAAAGGGCUUUGGCAGCGCAAAAGCACGGCUGAACGAUACGGAGUUUGAUCGUGGCGAUGUCUGGCACGGGACCAGCAUCGUUUCUGGGAUUCCGCCUGCGGCAACGAGCUCGAGCACGAUGACGGAGAUGCAGGAGGGCAUGAUUGGGUUUACGCAAGCUCCGGGGGUCACGCUGAGUGCGAUUUGGAGUGCAGAAGGUGUUUUGGGACCACCGCUGGCAACAGCCUCGCCAUCUGCUAUUCCAGUACCGCGUCCUCUGCCCGCCCCCGUCAUGCCCGUUGUAGCCCUUACUUAUUCUGGUAACGGAGGUCCGAAGCAUUGUCGUGGCGAGCUUAUACAGAAGACGGUUUUUCCGCCGCCGCUUGAGCAGUGGAAGAGUGGGACGUGUGUUAAUCUCCCUGGUGAAGCACGGUGUGGUGUGUUCUUCUCUGGCAAAGGCGACAAUUGUGAAGCGCAGCUGUUUAAUAUGGAGAACUGUUAUAAUACGACGAGAACGUAUGUAAACACGGUUGUUUUUAUGCCGGAAGAAAGAGCUGUGGGCGCGCUUUGGCGUAGCAUGUAUGUGAGGUGUGGUGUUGAGGUUCCAGAGGCCAAGAUGUUGGAUCCGAGUAUAUUGGGUGACGCACUGAAGAAGCCUGGGAGCAACAAUGCAGGUGGUUGA